CACUCCUUAUGUGGCUGCUCCUUGUUGGUCCUUUUUCUACUUUUUUUGUAGUGUUUACUAACCGCUUGGCAAAUUCAGCUUAACCUGUAAUAGAUAAGAUAAUUUUGGUAGCUAAUAGUUACUUCUAUCCUUCCUGAUCCCCUUUUUUCGUCUCAUCUUUAAUCAAUAUACUAAGUUUCGUAUCCGCUCUAUGAUCUUUCUUUUUCUUUCGUAUCUCUCUCUCACAGCCAGUUUGUUCGACCUGAAUAUGGAUGGUUAGAUUACUGUUAUUUAAUAACGGGAGUAGAUCUUAUCUCAUUUAUCUCUUCUCCCUUCAUAAUGUAAAAGAGGACAAUAAAGUUUUUCCAUCUUGAAGUUACUCCAUUCAUGGCUAGUGAACUCGCUGUUCUUGAAGCCGGAAUAGUAGCUUGCUGUCUGUCCUUGCGCCAUAUUCGCUUCAUUUAAUUCCCGCUUCUCUUUCCCCAUGGUUUGGUUGCUCUUUACCAAAUGUGAUCACCGCAUUUUAAGGAAAAAAUUGAUAGUAUCUGGCUCUAUUGUUACUUGGUGUAUUGUUUAUGAUGGUUUGUGUUACAGAAGCAAGCUCUGAAUUAAAGAGGAUAAUCCUUUACCUUUUGAAGUGUACUUUUUGAGAUGAUUGUUGAUUUUUUUUUUUUUUUUUUUUUUUUUUUGAACUUCAAGUUUAAUUAAAUCGAUAUCAGCUGGCAGAAACUGAGUUUAUGUGAUCUCUUAGUUAAUGUAUGUAUUAUGAUGUAGUUUUGCAUGACGGGUUAUUCUUCUCUGACCAGACAUUAUCCACAAGGUUGUACUUGAUAUCAUGGUGCGAAGGAGUAUGUCAGACAAUAAUCACAUAAUUAAUGUGGGAGCAGAUCAGCGGAGUCAAGAGUAUAUCCAUCCAGAGCCUUGUGUAUUGUAUGGGAACUUUACAGCUUUUCCACAUCCAAAUGUCCACACUGUAGUACCACCUGCAGGAAACAUUGGAAAUUUCUAUUUGCACCAUGUACCAAACCAUCAAGAGGGCGCUGUAAUCUAUGGGAUGCCAGCGUCCAAUGGGGUUCAACAGCUGCAUCCUGCCACCAAUGUUGCAGCAUUUGCAACAUCAUCAAAUCACUAUAACCCUUAUGUGGCUGCACCGUCUGCAUCUACACAUUUUCUAUUUCCAGUAAAUCAUGGGUUAAAUAAUUCAUGGGCCUGGAAUCAGGCUGCUCCUUUACCCUAUCUGCCUGGUGGUGCCGGAGGCUAUGUAGAUGCUGGAUUUAUGGGUGUGCAAGGUUAUCAAGUAACUGCCAGCAAUGGAGGUUUGACUAGUUUUCUGCAUGCACCGGUUCCUCAAGGAUCACCGCACCAUCAUCAAAUGCCACCUAAUAUGCAAUACACGGUAGGCCACGCCAUGGGCUUCUCUCCACAGAUGACAGCAUCUGCACGCGUCUACCUACAAAAUAGCUCGUCCAAUAGCUCUAAUAAUCCAUCGCAAGGUGUUGUACCGUUCUCACCGACUGGCUCUAGGAUGUACAGACCUCAUCCAAGGGAAUUCAUGCCUGAAGCAAAUACUCGCCACCACAACCUCCCUAACAUGAGAGUUUUGCCAGAAAAUAGGGUGGCAAUGCUGGAUGUUCCAGCAUAUCAUGAAGUGGGUAAUGUUGUUGAUCAGUUCAGAGAUAUGCGUUUGGACAUAGAUCACAUGUCUUAUGAGGAGCUUCUUGCAUUGGGGGAGCAAAUUGGCAACGUGACAACUGGUUUACCAGAGGAAGCUAUUGUUACCAAUUUGAAAACGAGAAUAUUUUUGUCUACCGAGACUCCUUGCGCUCUGGAAAGUGUUGCAUGUGAAGAUCACAAAACUGACUGUGUCAUAUGCCAGAUUGAUUACGCCGACCAAGAUAAGAUUGGCAUUCUUGAGUGCCGCCACGAGUAUCAUGAAGACUGUAUAAAGAAAUGGUUGGUUGUGAAGAACAUUUGCCCUAUGUGCAAAUCCACAGCAUUGUCUACAAAGAAACAGGACUUGUAAUACCGGGAGGCGGUAGAUGGUGGGUCGAUGAAUAAAUAAAAGUGCAGGCAUUUUGUUCUCUUGUUAAAUGUUUACUCUCCGAUGAGGAAAAUGUUACUGGAACUGUAUUAUAAAUUUUGUAUGUACUUUAUGCCGUAGUCCAGCUCUCCAAAAACUUUUUUUGUUGACCUCUCCAAAAACAUUUUUUGUUGACCUUACGUUGUUGUAGUUGAAGUUGUACAGACUUAUAAGUUAUGUUCUGCUGUAUAGACAAUCCGUUUCAUCAAUCAUCAUAGCUUCUCUACUCUUGUAUUUUUCAACCCUAUUUUGAAAAACAUUUUGAUUGAGCCGAGGGUUC